AUGUCAUUGACCACUCACGUUGCCGAAGUCGCGACCGAAGAGAAGCGAUCACUUCCCCGUGUGCCCCUCCAGAUACUCCCAAAGCUCAUUGUCGUCGGCGAUGUCUGCGCUCUGGGUUUGAAACGUCGGCCGAUAAUCCAGCCGAACCAACAUUUCAACGUCUGCUAUUUGAUCUUUUUUGCUUCAAACAACACCAAAACGUUAAGUGUUGUCAUGGAUUCGGAAAAGAGCGGCAUGUUGCCGCCGUACAGCGCCGCGGACCUUCCGCCGCCCUCGGCCCCCCGGCACUCUCAUCAUCACAAACGAUGGCUACGACCCAGACGCAGCAUGAAGCUCAUCGUGGGAUGUCUGGCGUUCAUUGCCUUUGCUCAGUGGAAACAGAUCUCGAUACUCCCUUCCCGCGAGCCAUCCUCCUCACUUUCUGCGGAGCGUUUGCAGCAGGACUUGGCGACCUGUGCAAAAUUGCGACACAAGCCACAGGAUCCAAUUGGUCUCGGUCGAGAGAAGAAUGCUCGUUUCGUCGACGGCCAGCGCCCGACGCUCAUCCGUAAUGCCACAAUCUGGGUUGGCGAGGCCGCUGAGGGAACAUCUCCAGAAGAUGCGCGUGCCGGCAAAGGGUACUCGUGGAUCACUGCCGACGUCCUCAUCGAUUACGGCCUGAUCCAAAAGGUCGAAGCCGACAUCUCCCUCGACUCCCUUCCUAAGGAUACCCAGAUUUGGGACGCCAAGGGCCGCCAACUGACCAGCGGUAUUAUUGACAUGCACUCACACGCCGGUGUUGGUGCCCUACCCGAGCUCGUCGGCAACCAAGAUGUAAAUGAGAUGUCCAACGACAUUACUCCCUACGUUCGUUCAAUCGAUGGACUCAACCCCCUCGACCCACAGAUCCAGGUCAUCAAGUCUGGAGGUGUAACUACCUCGCUGGUUCUGCCGGGCUCUGGCAAUAACAUGGGAGGCGAGGCCUUUGUCAUUAAACAUGCCGUUGGCAAGCCCAAUGGCCGCACCGAGCUUUCUGCCGAGGAUAUGCUGGCGGAUCCGGAUCGCAACUGGCGGUACAUGAAGAUGGCAUGCGGAGAGAACGCGAAGCGCGUCUACGGAAAGGUCGGGCACAGCCCCUUCUCCCGUCUCGGCGAGAGCUGGGAGUUCCGCCAUGCUUUUGAGCAGGCAGCAAAGCUUGUGCAAGAGCAGGACGACUGGUGUGCGGCCGCCGACAAGUUUGGAGUGGAGAGCCAGUCAUCCUACUUGCCCCAGGACCUCAAGUGGGAGAGUCUCAGUGCUGCCUUGCGAGGCCAAGUGCACAUCAACACCCACUGCUACACGAUUCCGGACCUUGAAGCAUUCGUUGGCCACACCAACGAGUUCAAGUUUCCGGUGCGGGCUUUUCACCACGCCCAUCAGACCUUUUUGGUUCCCGAGAUCCUGAAGCGCGUCUGGGGUGGUCGCCCCCCUGCUUCUGCGCUGUUUGCCGACAACAUGUAUUACAAGUCCGAGUCGUACGUUGGCUCCGAGUACGCUGGCAAGAUCCUUUGGGAGAACGGUCUUACUCCCGUAUACGUCAGUGAUAACCCGGUCUUGAACGCCCAGCAUGUCCUCUUCGAGGCCGCCAAGGCUUACAGAUAUGGCCUUCCUUACCAUGCAGCUCUGUCCGGUGUGACAUCUGCCCCUGCCGAGUUGCUGGGUUUGGGCCAGCGCAUUGGCAAGAUCAAGCCCGGAUUCGAUGCCGACAUUGCUGUGUGGGAUAGCGAUCCUCUGAGUGUUGGUGCCGCGCCUGUGCAAGUGUGGAUUGAUGGAGCUGCUCAAUUCUCUGAUCCUUUUGAGCUUAAGAAGCCUCUUGACGGCCCUAUCUUUCCCGACCCCAAGCUAGCCAAUACUACCGAGGACAUCACCGAUUUUAAGGAGGUCGUUUUCACUGGCGUUUCCAACGUUUGGCUGUCGGGCGAGGAGGCCAACACAGCCAACAGCGAGACGGUGAACGUUGUGUUCUCAAACGGCGAUAUCAAGUGCAUCGGCGCCUGCACCGAGGAGGUUGCAGCUGCCAAGUCCUCGUCUAAGAAGGUCAUUGACCUGAAGAAUGGCCACAUCACCGAGACUUUCACUGCAUUCGGUUCUCUCAUUGGCCUCAACGAGAUCGACAACGAGGCGGACACGGACAACGGCCGUAACCCCACCGGGUUCAGUCGUGGUCUUGACGGCCUUGUGCUCGACAACAAGAAGCUGCACAUAGCUAAGAAAUACGGCGUUACCAAAGCAAUCUCGGCGCCCAAGUUCACAGGUGGAUUGACGCACUCUGGAACCAGUGUUGGCUUUAACACUGAUGCCAAGCACUCGCUCGAGAAGGGCGCUGUUUGGGCCGAGGACGUUGCCGUUCAUCGUACAUUGACUCUCGCCGCGAAGCGAGGUGACAACCCGUCCAUCUCCGAUGCCAUUGGCAAGCUCCGACACACCCUCUUGGAGGCAGUUGCGACCAACGACACCGGAUCGGAUCCUUUCUCAGAGGCGGCCUACCUCAAGAAGGUGGUCAAUGGAGAGCUGCCCUUGGUCCUGACAGUCCAUAGUGCGGACACCAUUGUCGCCGCUCUCAGAGUCAAGGCCACAGUCGAGGAGGCCUUGACUGCAAAGAGUCAGUCCAAGGAGUCUCCCAAGCUCCGUGUCUCCAUCAUUGGAGGCGCUGAGUCUCAUCUCGUCGCUUCAGAGCUAGCCGACGCCGGUGUUGGUGUGCUUCUUGCACCUUUUCAGUCGUACUCAUACACCUGGGACCAAAGACGUUCUCUGACCGGCGCUCCUCUCACGAACGGUACCGCCAUUGACACUCUCCUAGACGCUGGUGUCGUCACUGCCAUUGGAUUGGAGGAGGAUUGGUUGAUCCGUGACUUGGGACUACUCGCCGGCAUUGCGCAGAAGAACGGCAAUGGUCGGUUGAGCGAGAAGAAGGCGCUGGAUCUGGUUUCCUCUAACGUCUACAAGAUUCUUGGCAUUGAAGAGUCGCAGUCGAGGAAAGCUCGCCACUUUGCUGUGUAUGAGGGCAGCCCGCUUGAGAUUGGAGGCAGAAUUCGUGCUGUCGGCAGCGGCCGUGACACCGUGUCUAUUUUCGUGUAA